AGUUGUAUGUUAACUUUUCGAUGCAGGGAGUCGUUGCGUUUGUGUACGGGAAAACAUCGUCGAUUCAUUGAAUUUUAGCGGUGUGAUUUCAAAUAUAUACAAUACACGAAUAUCGAUAAGGAUUAUAUGUAAAUGUGUUAAAAGUGACAUUUUUUUUAGUGUGAAGUGGAUGAAUUUAUUCUUUGAGUGAAAGAAUUUUGAAAAUGUGUUGUGCUUAGUGGUAAUAUAAUUGGAGAUGGCACAUAUGGAUUUUAUACAUUUUAUUCUACUGGUUUCGUUUACCGCAUAUUCUUCUGUUAAAGGACAAUUUCGAUCUCCACGUAUCACUGAACACCCCUCGGACAUAAUUGUGGCUAAAAAUGAGCCAGUGACCUUAAAUUGCAAAGCCGAAGGUCGACCGGAACCGACCAUAGAAUGGUACAAAGAUGGCGAGCUCGUUAGAACAUCCCCUACUGAUAAUAAAUCGCACAGAGUGCUCUUGCCGGCGGGAUCGUUAUUUUUUCUCAGGACGAUGAACAGUAAAAAAGAACAGGACGCCGGAGUCUAUUGGUGUGUUGCUAGAAAUGUAGCCGGGGUUGCUAACAGCAGAAAUGCAACGUUGCAAGUAGCUGUUCUUCGCGACGAAUUCAAGAUAAUGCCAACAGAUACUCAUGUAGCAGCAGGAGAAACGGCCUUACUUCAAUGUGGUGCUCCAAGAGGUCAUCCGGAACCUACUCUUAUUUGGAAGAAAGACGGUAAAAACUUGGACACAGAUGGUAGAAGAAUCCGAAUAGUAGAUGGAGGGAAUCUCAUGAUAUCUGAUGUGAGACAACACGACGAGGGAAGAUAUCAAUGCGUAGCUCAUAAUUUGGUAGGAUCUAGAGAAACACCUGUGGCAACGUUGAAAGUACAUGUAAAACCCCUAUUUAAUAAGGAACCUCAGGAUAUAGUGGCUUUAACCGGUCAAAAGGUGAUAUUUGAAUGCACAGUCGAAGGGGAUCCGACCCCAAACGUAUUGUGGCGUAGAGAAGAUGGAAAAAUGCCUAUAGGAAGAGCAAGGAUUAUGGAUGACAAAUCUCUGCUUAUCGACAACGUACAAACAAGCGACGAAGGGCUGUACAUUUGCGAUGCCGAGAAUUUAGUUGGAGCAAUAUCUGCCAGAGCGUCUUUGGUUGUCAAUUCUCCCCCGACGUUUGUGGAUCGACCCAAAGAUCAGAAAGUCAGCUUGAAUGGUGUAGUAGAAUUCCAUUGUUCUGCUACUGGAAAUCCUCCACCUUCGGUAUUUUGGAGCAAAGAGGGCUCCCAAAUUUUAAUGUUCUCAGAUAAUUCGAAUGGACAUAUGCACGUUAACGCCCACGGGACCCUAAGGAUCCAAGGUGUUCAAAGAGAAGAUGCCGGAUUUCUUGUUUGUAAUGCUCUUAGUGUAGCUGGAUCAAAUAGUGUCAGAGCAUUCCUUCAGGUAACAUCGGUUGCUGAUUUGCCUCCUCCUAUCAUACAGAUCGGACCAGCUAACCAAACUUUACCUUUGCACAGUAUGGUUACCCUACAUUGUAGAGCAUCAAAUCCAGAGGGCGAUCCGCCUAAAAUUCGCUGGCUAAAAGACGGAGAAACAUUAGUUCCACAUUCAUCACCCAGUAGAUAUAUGUUUAGUGACAAAGGAACGCUAGAUAUUGAUGAUUUGCAAUUUGAUGAUUCCGGACAGUACACGUGUUCUGCAACCUCAGAAAGCGGAGAAAGUUCCUGGUCAGCGUCUCUCAACGUCGUCGAAGGUACAUCGAUACCGUUGCAUCGAAGUCCAGACCCUUCAACUUUCCCGAAAGCUCCUAGCGCUCCAAGAAUUCUAAACUCCACCGAAUCUAGUAUAAGUCUUUCAUGGGAUAGCGAUGAAGAUGAAAAUAGUUUAGUCGGAUACACUGUCGAAUAUUGGAGUCCAGAUUUACAAACCGGCUGGGUGAUAGCAGCACAUCGAAUCCAAAAUCCUUACAUGGUAGUGCACGAGCUGAAACCAGAUAGUUCAUAUGUUUUUAUAGUUAGAGCGGAAAAUGCUCAUGGAUUAUCUCCUGCUAGUCCUGUGUCGAAAAUUGCAAGAACUUUAGCUAACUCACGAGCUCUACCAAGCUCUGAAUUAGAUACCGCUCGAGCAAUUUUGAGUACCAAGCUAAUAGAACUGAAAGAAGCUAAACCGCAAUCAUCUAGUUCUGUUAAACUGAUUUGGAAUUUUUCUGAUAACGAUUACGUAGAAGGUCAUUAUAUUAGGUUUAGAGAACUCUCUGGAGGAUCGCAUAAUUAUAAUAUAUUAACUGUAUUAGAUGUAGAUGCCAAAUCUUAUGUAGUAACAAAUUUGAAAAAAUUCACAAAAUAUGAAUUUUUUAUCUCACCUUUUUAUAAAUCAGUAGAAGGUCAACCUUCAAAUUCUAGAAUAGCUCAAACUUUGGAAGAUGUACCUUCAGCUCCUCCAGAUAGUAUAACUGCAGGUGUUUUUAAUGAAACUGCAGGCUGGGUAAGAUGGUCACCACCGCCGCCACAACAUUGUAACGGCAUAAUAACUGGGUAUAAGAUUCAAAUAAAAGGCAAUAUAAUUAGAUCAAUGACUAUGAACGCCACAACUACUUCUAUUUUAAUAAGUAAUCUUACAGCUGGAGGUUCAUACACUGCUAAAGUAGCGGCACUUACAAUUGCUGGACAAGGUCCAUAUUCCAACCCAGUACCUUUACUCACAUCUCCAAGAGCUCAAAGUCCUAGAACUCUAGGACCAAUAGUACCUUUAGUACGACAAACUUGGUUUGUAAUUUUACUAGCAGUAAUUGUAUUAUUAUUACUAGCAGGUAUAGGAGGAUUGUUAUACUUGAAAAGAAGACAAUCAUUAAGCAAACAGUUGGGACAUUUGAACGUACCAGUUGUUAAUGCUUCCCAGUUGAAUGCGAAGGAAAGUUUAUGGAUAGAUCGAGGAUGGAAAGCUACCGAUUGUGAUAAAGAUUCAUCAAUACCAUUAGCACAACCAGCUGAUUACGCUGAAGUUGAUACUAAAAAUUUAUCUACCUUCUACAAUUGUAAAAAGAAUUUAGAAAGUCCCACGCCUUAUGCUACUACUAUGAUAUUACCGCCGCCUAACUGGUCUGAGAUUAUUCCUCCUCCACCUGAUCAUCCCCCACCAGACUGUCCUCGUGAAAAUCCCCCAGUACCUCCACCGAGAAGCGGCGGUAGUACUUGUGGAAGUGCUGGGGGGUAUGGUUGUUAUUCAGUCCACGUCCCGACUCAAUGUGGGAAAAUGCAUGCCAGAGCGCGAUCUUGUACUAACUGCGACGCUCACUGUUCCCUAGCUAGUGGUAGCUCAGGUAAUAGAUCCGGAAGUAGAGGAUACUGUAAUAACGUCCCACACAAUUGCGAUACGAAAAUUUGGUUCAAUCAACACAAUUGGGAUAAUGAAGAUGCUGAUUGCGAAGAUAGGCAUUCUUGUACCAGUAGUCACGAUACCACGUGUUCUUGUAGUGAAUCUUCUUGUUUAUAUGCCGAAGCUGGACCUUCCAAUAACCCAAGACCAUUGCCUCAUAAUCCGCAAAUGAGUAAACGGGUGAAGUGAGGGUACGCCGACUUUAGCCUUUAUUUUUAGUUAUUCGAGCAUAUCGUUAUGUCAAAAUGACGCGUGUGUAAUUCAUAUCAUUAUCAAUGCUUCAUUUACUAGUCUUAGUUUUAGAAAUUGACAUGCUCAGAAGGUGUAUGGUCAUAAUAGUAAACAUUUUUUUAAUGAAUAGACACUCGCAUUUUCUCCAUCAAGUAUAAUUCGGGAAGAUCUAGUGAAAUAUUGUAAUAGAUGGAUGGAUUAUACUAUUGUAUGUUUUAAUACUAAUAUGAAAAUAAAAUCUGACUGUUUGAAAAAAAAAAACAAUUCCUUUCCUGACUAUAUGCUUCAACGAAUAUUGAAUCACAUCUUUCUCGAAAAACGUCACGCCGAUCAGUUUAGAUUUGGACGAGUUUCAUGUGGAGUCUUAAGGCCAAACAGGAAAGACACUUUGUUCUAUUAGUUUCAAAGCAUACGACCAUUUUGACUCUGGAUAUGAUAAAUUGUUGAUACAUACGUAUUUUCUGACUGUUUUCAUUACUUGCUUUCCAUCAAAAGUUCCAUACAACUAUUAAAAAUAUAUGGCUGGAGGUCUAACAACAUCAUUCAUCUUCAAGGUGCCUAACAGCUACAAAAAUGUGUGUAUCUCCUAAUAACACAUAAUUCAAAUAUUGUAAUAUGGUACUAUUAUUUACAUUAUCCUCCAUGUACCCAUAACAUGAAGCUGAUUAUGUAACUACGGAUUUUUCAAACCUUCUAGGCUCUCAGAAUAAGUUCAACUUCAAUUUCUUAAUAAAAAUUUACUGUUUGUUAAAAUGAGUUCAAUGCUUUCAACUUACUAGUUGAUCAUUAAAAGAUAUCAAAUGUUAUUAUUUCCUGAACAAAUCAUUGACCAAGAAUAUCAGUUUUGGUCUCAAACGUCGAGGAAUUCGUCUACAAAAUAACACAAUUUAUAAAUACUGUAUUGAAGAAAUAUUAUCAUCAAUACUUUUCUCACAAUUCAUAUGAAUAAUUGAAAUCUACUAGGAGCCAUUUAUAAACAAUGUCAAAGUUGGCAUUCAUCAUCUUGUUUACCAAUAUUAAUUCCGUUGACGUAAUCUUCAUCCAUAUAUGCGCUUUACAUUCUCUAAUUCACCUUUCAUACACUAGUACAUAGUAGCUACGAUAUGACCUAUUUUAUGUAUGUCCCUUAUAUUUUUAAGAUGAUCCACAUGGAUGGUACAGAUUGAAAUAUUUGAUUUUUUACUCGUCACUUUCUGAACAUACGUUAUAUGAACCUUAAGACACGUUCUAGAGCUGUGUACAAUGCUCUUGGGUGUGAAAUAUUAUUUCCCAUAGAGUUAACUAGUUUUAUAGAUUUUCUUCUACAAUUUUCAUCUGUUUUAUAAUGUAUUUCAGUUAAUAAUGUUUAAUUAUUUUCAUUUUUUCACAAAAAUAUAUAGGAGGGUGAUGUUUUUCCAGUGUAAAUCUACCAAAUUCUGUUUUUAGGCCAAACCGAAUAUAAAAACUCGACACAAGUAUUGGAAAUAGUGAUUAAUAUAUUUCAUUGUCGCCCUUUUAAAUAAAAUUCAAGUUAAACACUUAUCAUUAUACUUAACUCAUCACUCAACACGUCGUGUGACUAACUAACACUUUUUUUGACAAAAAUCGAUUCUAUUCAUCAAUUUAAUCAUUACAACGCUCAUUUAACUUCUCGAUACCGUGCUUGUAGAAGGAUAUGUCUUUUGCUUAAAUAUAUACUUUUUCAUUUGCGCUAAAUUUCUUACCAGUGAGCAUUUGUUUGAUAUCAGCGAAUAGCCAGUAGUCACUGGGGGCCAGAUAUGUGGUGGAUUUGGAAGCAACUCGAAGAGUAACUCGUUCAAUUCAACCAUCGUCGCUAUUGACUUGUUUUGGUGAAACAUUGGUUUUUUUCUUCAACAUAUGAGGCCUUUUGUCCUUGAUUUUUGUAUUCAAACUAUUCAACAACUCUAAGUAGUAUUCGCUCUCUCUUUUGGAGAUAAUCGAUGCACUAUAUUUCAUGCGCAUCCCAAAAUACUGAAGCUAUAACCUUCUCAGCUGACUGUUCACCAGCUGCAGUCCAAUCAGAUAAUGAUCUAUAUCUUUACGGCCUCGGGUAUCUCACACAAUUCAAUUUAUGAUUAUAUAUAACCAAUUUAUAGACUUUUUUCAUGUUUUCUUGAGUAACCACCCCAAUUGGACGACCAGAACGUUCAUCAUAAUCGGUGUCUAUACGACCACGUUUAAAUUUUCAUUUGAAGUCUCUUGAGAGUUGGUUCUUCAUAAACGUCAUAUGGAUAUGACAGUGGCAGCGCCAUCUGUGUGUCAGUCACACGACUUAUUGAGUAAUGUAAUAUUUAGCUCACCUAUACAAUCAAUACAAUACGUAAGAAAAAUUUAUGUACAAAACUAUGUGAAAAAAACUGUAACAUCUAUUUUUGUGCUUACUGUAUGAACAUAAAAAUCUAAAAUUUGUUUUUAAAACUACAUAUAAAAAUGCAUUUGUUCAUUGACUAAUAAUUUUAUAUAUUUGAACUUUCAGAAAUAUGUUCACAUUUCACCUAAUAUUUAAGUAGUAAAUAGAAUAAGUCUUCCUACUUCUCUUUUUGAUUGGCAUACCGCAUGGAGAAAAA